AUGACAUCAGUCGCCAAGGUGUAUUACAGUCAGACCACCCAGACGGAAAGCCGGCCCCUCGUGGGCCCAGUGGUCCGGCGGCGCCGAGUGCUGACCAAGGACGGCCGCAGCAACGUGAAAAUGGAGCACAUCGCUGACAAGCGCUUCCUCUACCUCAAGGACCUGUGGACCACCUUCAUUGACAUGCAGUGGCGUUACAAGCUACUGCUCUUCUCAGCGACCUUUGCAGGCACCUGGUUCCUCUUUGGUGUGGUGUGGUAUCUGGUUGCAGUGGCCCAUGGGGACCUGCUGGAGCUGGGCCCCCCCGCCAACCACACCCCCUGUGUGGUGCAGGUGCACACGCUCACCGGGGCCUUCCUCUUCUCCCUUGAAUCCCAGACCACCAUUGGCUAUGGCUUCCGCUACAUCAGUGAGGAGUGCCCACUGGCCAUCGUGCUCCUGAUCGCCCAGCUGGUGCUCACCACCAUCCUGGAGAUCUUCAUCACGGGCACCUUCCUGGCCAAGAUCGCCCGGCCCAAGAAGCGGGCAGAGACCAUCCGCUUCAGCCAGCACGCGGUCGUCGCUGCGCAUGACGGGAAGCCCUGCCUCAUGAUCCGAGUGGCCAACAUGCGUAAGAGCCUCCUCAUUGGCUGCCAGGUGACAGGCAAACUGCUUCAGACCCACCAGACCAAAGAGGGUGAGAACAUCCGGCUCAACCAGGUCAAUGUGACUUUCCAAGUCGACACGGCCUCUGACAGCCCCUUCCUCAUUCUACCCCUCACGUUCUACCAUGUGGUGGAUGAGACCAGUCCCCUGAAAGACCUCCCCCUCCGCAGUGGCGAGGGUGACUUUGAGCUGGUGCUGAUCCUCAGCGGGACGGUGGAAUCCACCAGUGCCACCUGCCAAGUGCGUACUUCCUACCUGCCGGAGGAGAUUCUCUGGGGCUAUGAGUUCACACCUGCCAUCUCGCUGUCAGCCAGUGGCAAAUACAUAGCUGACUUCAGCCUUUUUGACCAAGUUGUGAAAGUGGCCCCUCCCAGUGGCCUCCGCGACAGCACUGUUCGCUAUGGAGACCCAGAGAAGCUCAAGUUGGAGGAGUCAUUACGGGAGCAAGCUGAGAAGGAGGGCAGUGCCCUUAGUGUGCGCAUCAGCAAUGUCUGA